AUGGUACAGGCAGCGGCUGUUGUGGGCACCCAUGUUGCCGGCUCAGCGCCUGUUAAUGCACAACGUACCGGCCUUACUAUUGCAGACCUGGCUUCACCUUAUUAUAUAGGUAGUGCAGCCACCAACAUCACGGGCGUUUAUGUUGCGGUGAACAGUGGUCCAUGGAGCGUAGGUGUGGUGGUUACUUCUGAUGCUGCUACCAAUGCUGCUAAAUCACUGAACAUUUUACCGGGUGGUACCCUGACUUCAACAACAGGUACCGUGACCAUCGAUAGUGCGUUACAAAACAAUGGUACGGUAAACAAUAAUGCCAAUGUAACCUUUAAUAUUGGCGACAUACCGUUCUCCAACAACGUAACGUUUACGGCUGCUACCGCAGGUCCUUCCCGGAUCAUUAUGCCAGGCACCAGUAUCCUGAGUGAGUUGGCCGGCGCAGGCGUAACAGGUAACAGCCAGGCAGCCGGAUGGGUUGUAGGCCGUUAUCAGAAAGCCGCAGCGGUGGGUGGUAUGAACCACAACUUCCCGAUUGGUGAUCUCAACUACUAUGCACCGGUUAACGUGAGUGGUACUGCCGCAACUGCGGGCGCUAUAUGGGCCAGCACAACAGGCACGGACCAUCCGAACCUGGGUACUUCUACGAUCAACCCGCUGGCAACCGUGAAUCGCUAUUAUACAAUUGAUACCAAUAGCGGCCUCACCUUUGGCACCAAUGCCAUGACCACUACCUAUAACUGGGCUACUCAGGACAUGGACGCCAAUACCACCCCUGCCAAUUUCGUGGUUGGUAAAUACAGAGCCGCAGCCUGGACUUAUCCAACGGUGAAUACGCCUGCUGCUACAUCUAUUAAAACAACAACUUCUACCGGCGAUGUGGUGGGCCAGUUUGCAAUAGGUGCUCCACAGGCCAUUGUUAGUCCUGCCGGUGCUGCAUCCUUCUGCCAGGGUACCAGCGUAAAACUGAGCGCGCCUGGUAGCUAUACCCUGAAAGUAUCUAUCGGCGCAGGUUGCUCUACAAUAUCAACAGCAACCGUUGUUACUGAGACACCAUUACCAGUGAUCACAACCACUCCUGUCGGUCCGAAUACGAUCUGCCAGGGAGAUACCUUGUCACUGCUGGCCAACUUCACAGGUGCAACCCUGGUGCAACCAAUGCUACUUAUUGCGCCACCAGCGCCGGUAACUAUACCGUUGUGGUGA